AUGGGAACACCUCAGCCAACGCAGGCCAAGGAAGAGGGCAGGAGGAAUGACCGAGAAUGGGGAAGCCCCCCAAACCCUGGAAUCCUCGGCCCACGCCAAGCCACCCGCCCAUCUCAAACCCCAGGGGGGAGGGAGAAGUGGACCACAGGGGACCCUGGACGCCUUGAAGUGUGCAAGGGGGUAGUGGGAAGUGGAGGAAGAGGAACCCCCCAACCCCCACCCGCGAUCUCACGACAGCCCCAAGUGCCCUCCCAACACGGCCCCACUGCGGGGGCCGCGGCGGGGACGGUGGAAAUCCCCCGCGCACCCUCUCCCCGGGAAGUUUUCGGGUGUUACCCCAGCACCCCGAGGGCGGCACCUCCGCCGCCCGCCCGGGGCCAGAAGGGAGAGGGGUUGGCGGGCGGGUGGGGCGCCGAGCCGGGAUCCCGCGCCGCCGGGCGACCGGGCGAGCUGGGGGCAUCCCCACGGAGCGCAGCCCGGCGCCGGGGGUGGGGGAGGCGGCGAUGGGCGGCCGGCUCUCCGGGUCCCGACGGCUCGGGUCAAGUGCAGCGCCCUUCCCCUGCCCGCGCCUACCGCCCCCGGUCAGCGAGGCAGCAUCCGCCGCAGGCCCCCCGCCCCGCGCCCCCCGCCCCGCGCCCCCCGCGGCCCCGACCCCACCCGGGACCCGCGCAUCCGGACCCCCGACUCCGGCCUCGGCGCCCGGCAAGCUCGACGAGCUUUGUUAACUCCUCACUCCCCCCGGCGCCGCCGUCGGGCUCCGGGGGGCCGCGCGCCCCCUUCCUCCAGCCGCGACCCCCCCCCGCGAGCGCGGGCCGCACCUGUGCCCGCCGCCGCCGCCGCCGCUCGCCCGCUCCCUUCGCCUGUGCCGGCGCCGCUCCGAACCCCACACACAUCGCUACACACAGCCCUCUGACGUCACCGAGCCCUCGGCCCGCCCACGUCACUGCGGAGACACACGGCUUCCCGCAGACGCCGCCGCCGUCUCCGGCCGCCCGGGGGAGAGCGAGGGCGGCGGGGAGGGGGAGGGGCGGGGCCCGGAGCCAGCGACGACCCGCGCGCGCGGGCCCGCCGGCGUCGCCGCCGCCGCCGUGGCCUCGAAGCUCGCCGUCCCUCAGGGAGGCGCGCGCCGUCUGGCCUAUGGUGGCUCCUCCGGGCUCCCCCCGCCCCGGCGGCUCGCGCGCGCGCCCCUCCCCCAGGCGCGCGCCCGGCGCUCCUGGCCCCGCGCGCCGUCUGGGCGGCUGGCGCGCGGCGCUGUCUGCGGUGCGCUCGGCGCAGACAGGAUGUUCCCUCCCCACCCCACCCCCCGCCACCCGCCCGCCUUCCUUCCUCGAGUCGCCCAGCCGGCUGUCUGGGGCCGCCACCGCCCCGCCCCCGCCCCACCCGCUGCUCUGUGGUGACGGGCCAGACCCGGGGGCGCCCUGGCCGCUCGGCCGCCGCGCGCCAGGGGAGAGGGGGCAGGGCGGCCGCGCGGUGCACUGUGCGCGACCCCAGCAGCCGGCUGGGCCGGGGCGGGGGCGGGGGGGGGGGCGGGGCCCGCCGGCGGAGCGCCGCCGCCCGAGGUCAGGCGCGGGCGACCCUCCCCCCGCGGGGCGCAGCUGGGCCGCUCCGCCCCGGAGGCAGCCGGGUGGCGGCCGCCCUGCAGCGCCCCCGGGGUGGGCCCUGCUCGCCGGGGCUGCCCCCCGCCCCCGUGGGGCCUCCAGCCCGAGGCCCGCCCCGCCAGCUGCCUGCGCGCCGCCCCGCCCGGCCCGGCCCGGCCGCCUUCCCCGGCUGACCUCUCUCCGCCAUCGGGCCGGGCCCGAGGCUGGCCAAAGUUCCGGCGAAACCGAGAGAAACAUUUUUGUCCCUACUUCUCAGCCUCGCUUCCCUCCCCCGCCCCCAUCAGACUGCCCGCUCGGAUCCAAAGGGAGCUGGAAAUCACACGUUUCUACAGUUUUUACUGAGGGGUUUGGGGGUUUUGUUUUAGAGGAGAACACGCGAUGA